CAACUGUCUGCGCGAUAAACAAGAUUUCGGAUGGAAAUUUUUUGCAUCAUGAAAAACUCUACGGAAAAAUUAAAUUUGUGCAAUUACGUGUUUUAGCUUUUAAUUAGUAAUAGAAAAACCUUGUAACUAUCCCAAAAGUAUUACAUAUUAAAUUGAAGAUAGGCAAAUAAGAAAACAUUAAGAAAAACCAUCAAUUAUUAAUACCUGCUACCAACUCGUAACUUUUUAAAAUUAAAAAUUUGUUUCAAGAAAUCCGCCCUACAAAAAAAAAAUAACCCAGACAUCUUAAAUAAAUAAAUGCAAAUAAAAUAUACCUAAUCAACUAUUAAAUGAGAUAACAAUUGAAAAUAAAAAGAACAACAAACAAUAAAGAUGUCUUGCUACUUUAAAUACAAUCAAGAAACUGAAAUCAGCAUUCCAAAGUUUAAUGAAUCCAAUAGCAUUGUUUUUUACAACAUUCACGUUAAGAUUCACGAUGUCGAAUGGACACUGGAGAGGCGCUACAAAGAUUUUGACCAGUUAAAUGAUAAACUCGUUGAAGAGAAUUCCAUCUCAAAGAAACUUAUUCCUCCAAAAAAGCUUGUUGGUAAUAAAAAUCCUGAAUUUGUUGAAAAACGACGACAAGAACUCGAGAAAUACCUACAAGAUCUUUUGGCAUUGUUUCGCAUCACAAUGCCACGGGUUCUUGCCGAGUUUCUUGAUUUCAACAAAUAUGAUAUCAUUUAUUUGCUUCAAGACUUGGCUAAGUAUUUUAGUGAAUCUGGUGAUAGUUUGUUGAGUGUGACGAAGGAAUAUAGUUUUUCUGCUCUUGAGCUUUUUGCGAUUAGUGAACGUUUGUUUUUGCCAUGCCCUGAUAAUGAUGAAACUAAUAAAUUAGAUUUUUCACAUGUUCUUGAUUUUUGUAGUCAAUUGCAAAUAUUGAAGGGUACUCCAGUAAAGGACACUGGUGUUUUUGGCUCUGAUUACAAUUCCAUCGAUGUACCCAUUGGCCGAAGCAAUAUUAUCCCGAAAAAUCUAUACUUCAAUCUAAAUGCCUUUCGUAAUUUAAAGGCUAUAAAAUUCUACAGCCUUUCCACAGAGAAUAUCGUCGACAUUGCUUUUCUCAAACCUAAUUUAGAAUACAUUUCACUCCACAAUACGACGAUAACACGAAUCAAUCAGGUUUUAAUGUGUGAUAAUCUUCAUAAAAUUGAUCUCGGUGCAACAUCAAACACAAGUAAAUCCUCCAAAGACACCUGGACUAGUGUGGAAGAGUUAAAUUUCUCAGGCAAUCUCCUCACAACUAUCGACACAAGCAUCAAAACAGUACCCAAUCUUAGAAUCCUGAAUCUAGACCAGAAUCGUCUAACAUGCAUCCAGAAUCUCAACGAAUUACCUCGUUUGCAAACACUUAGUUUGGCUUGUAAUUUAUUUACCGAAUGUAUUGAUUGGCACUUGGAACUUGGCAAUUUGGUUACUCUGAAUUUAGCCCAGAAUAAACUGAAAAAGCUUUUGGGAUUGAGAAAAUUGUAUUCAUUGGUGAAUUUGGAUUUAAGUUGUAAUCAUAUAAAUGAUUUGGAAGAGGUGGAUAAUGUGGCCUGUCUGCCAUUGCUUGAGGCACUCAGGUUGACUGGGAAUCCAUUAGCUGGAAGUGUUGAUUAUCGACCUCGUGUCCUGGCAAGAUUUCAUGCACGUGCCUCCGAGAUCUGUCUGGACAGUGAAAAAGGCUCCCACAAAGAAUUGGACACAGCACUGGUGCUAUCUGCACUGCAUCAAUCUAAGAUAGGUAAAAAAUAAUGUCGAACUACAUCAAUAAUUGUUUUUACUUUAAUAACUGUGUUUUUAUUUAUAUGUAUGUAUAAUACAAUCAAAUGUAUAUAUUUAAAAAAAAAAGAAAAAAAAAUUAAAACCUUUUAUUCGUCUUUA